AUGACCGUCCACGGCCUCGGUCAAAACCAUGCCUCCACACCCAUCCCCAAAUUCGGCCAGCCCACACAGCUAGUAUCUCAGUUCACGCCCUACAACAACCUCUUCAACGACCGGGGCAAGAACCGACCCGAGUUUCACAAGGACUUGUACAGAUCUAGCGGACCUCUCAAGGCCAACGCCCCGCCAAAGCCGUCGACGGAAAUCAAGAGGAACAGCAUGGGCAUGCAGCUGUUCAGCUCGUUGGAUGUGGACCCGGCACCGGCACCGUCGCCUUUGCAGCCGGGUAGGGGCACGGCUUCGAAGGGGACUGCGGCUGCGUUUGGAGAGAAUGUGUUUUAUACUGAUCCUGAUAAAGCGAAGGAGGAUCUGAAAGCGCUGUUGGAGGGUGGACUGGAUGAUGAGGAGAGUGAGGACGAGGGAGCCAAGGCAAAGACGAAGGGUGCGGUGUCAGAGUCCAAGAAGAAGGAGGAGUCGAUUGUUUCUUCUACUGGGCAUCUACCUGGUCUGGCUGUUCCCUUGCUGCCGCAUCAGGUUGAGGGUGUCAGAUGGAUGAUUAACCGCGAGCUUGGCCCUUUGAAGCGUGGCCGUGUUCCCAAGGGUGGACUCCUCGCAGAUGAUAUGGGCUUGGGCAAAACAUUGCAGUCCAUUUCCUUGAUCAUUGGCAACCGAAAACCCGAAUCGUCCUCCGCCCCAGGCUGGAAAGCCCACUUCAAAGACAUCAGCAAGGCCACACUUGUCGUUGCGCCACUGGCUCUCAUCCGACAAUGGGAGGCCGAACUGAAGGAUCGCGUCAUGCCCGACUUGAACAUCAAAGUAUGUGUUCAUCACGGCCCAAAGCGAUCUACAGUUCCCGCCGAGCUCGCCAAAUAUGAUGUGGUCAUCACCACCUACCAGAUUCUGGUGUCAGAGCAUGACAAGUCUCACCCCGACCCAAACAAGGGCGCCCAAGCGGGAUGUUUCGGCGUACACUGGUUCCGCGUCAUUCUCGACGAGGCCCAUAGCAUCAAGAACCGCAACACCAAAGCCGCCAAGGCAUGCUGUGCCUUGCGCUCCGAAUAUCGCUGGUGCCUCACGGGCACGCCGAUGCAGAACAAUCUUGACGAGCUCCAGUCCCUCAUUCAUUUCCUGCGCAUCGCGCCUUACGAUAACCUAGCCGAGUGGCGAGCCCAGAUCGACACGCCCAUGAAGCAAGGCAAGGGCCACAUUGCGAUCCAACGCCUGCACAGCAUCCUCCGCUGCUUCAUGAAACGCCGCACCAAGGAAGUUCUCACCGAGAAGGGCGCCCUUGUAGCCGGCGGCAAAGAAGCAUUGGCCAAGGCCGAAGAGAAUGGCGAAAAGGCGCCUGAAGCGGCUUUCAAAGUCACGGAGCGUAAAGUAGUAACCAUCGAGACGGAGUUCAGCCCCGCCGAAAGUGCCUUCUACAAGGCCUUGGAGGAGCGUGCCGACCAGAGUCUCGAGAAAAUGAUGAAGGGCCGCACGGUCAACUACGCCAACGCGCUCGUGCUGCUGUUGCGGCUGAGGCAGGCUUGCAAUCACCCUAGGCUGGCGCAGACAAAGCUUGACAAGGACCGGGAUGCGUUGGCGGUGGACUCGGCGACUGCGCCGACGCCUGGUGGCAAAAAGAAGAAGAACGCCUAUGAUUCGCAAAGUCAGACCAGUAGUGUGGAUGACUUGGCUGAUAUGAUGGGCGGGAUGGGCAUCCAGGCGAGGCAGUGUGACAUGUGUCUGGGGGAGAUGACGAAGAAGGAGAUUCAGGAGGGGCAGGUGAGAUGUCAAGGGUGUGAAGAUAGUUUGAGCCAGUUGAUGAAGGAGCAGGAGGGUACGCAGGGGAGCGUGGAGAGCAAGGAGAGCAAGAAGCACAAAAAGAAGAAGGUGAGUGUGGUGAAGGAGAAGGUGAAGGUUGAGAGGAAGACCAGAGGAAGGGGUAGGAAGCGAGUCAUCGAUAGUGACGAUGAAGAGGAUGAAGGCACUUGGCUCGUGGGAGAGUCACAGAGAAGCGCACUUGACCUUGGUGUUGCUGGCGGCACAGACGACGAGAACGCCGAGGGCACCGGCGAGGACAUCGACUCCAACGAAGAGAUCUCUGAAGACUCAGAGGACCCAGAAGAGGACAGCUUCGUCGUCAAAGAUAGUGACGAUGACGACGAUGACGACGACGACGAAAGCGUCAACUCAGACGAAAUAGUCGGCUCCGGCGACGAAGACGAUACCUUCGCCUCCGUCUACAAGCUCAGCUCGCAAGUCCUCAAGCAAUCCGAAUCCGAGGAAUCAGAAACCGCCGCCUCCUCCUCUGAAGACUCUGCCAUCUCGGACUCAGAACUCGAAAACUCCUCCGAAACCGACUCCGAAGCCGAAUACGGCAUCAAGCGCACCCCCAAAGGUCCCGUGCAAAUCUCCUCCAAGAUCCACGAGCUCAUCGCCAUCCUCCGCCGCGAAGCCCCCACCCACAAGUUCAUCGUCUUCUCCCAGUUCACUUCGAUGCUCGACCUCGUCGAGCCCUUUUUGAGGCAUCACUUACCAGACAUCAAGCACGUCCGCUACGACGGAAAAAUGCCCAACGACGCGCGCGAAGCGUCGCUCCAUUCCCUGCGCAAAGACCCGCGCACUCGUAUCCUGCUGUGCUCGCUCAAGUGCGGAUCCUUGGGACUCAACCUGACGGCCGCGACGAGGGUGAUUAUCGUCGAACCCUUUUGGAACCCCUUUGUCGAGGAACAGGCUAUUGAUCGCGUGCACCGACUGACGCAGACGGUCGAUGUGGUUGUCUAUAAGUUGACGGUGAGAGGGACGGUGGAGGCGAGGAUCCUGGAGCUGCAGGAGAAGAAGAGAUUGUUGGCGCAGACGGCGGUGGAAGGGUCGACGGAGAGAGGGAACAAGAAGAAGAAGGGCCAGGGAUUGAAGUUGGGGUUGCAGGAGAUUUUGGACUUGUUCAAGCAUGAUGGUAGUGAUAGUAGUAGUAGGGCUGCUGUCUAUGGUGCUGAUCAUGGUGGGUCUGGAAACGGUGAAGAGAAUGCUGCUGCUGCUGCUGCUGCGGGGAGGACGCCGGCGAGGAGGACUGCUGGUGCGGCGGCUAAUCAUACGGGGGCGAGGAGGGAGCAUGAGGUUUUUGGGCGGAGGUGGUGAGAUGGAUAGGAGCAAUGGGCUUUUUAGUUUCUUUGCCUUGAUGUUAUGAGUGUAUGAUGAGGUUAUGAUACAUGAUGAAUGGCUGGGCUUCGGUAUGCUUGGUUUAGUCUGGAACUUGUCUGGGUAUAGGUACAGGAUGUUGGCAUGUUAUGUUUAUGAACAACUUUGUUUGUUGAGAUGUGUCAUUUCUUAGCACUUCCAAAGGAUAGAACGAGCUGGAUAGGGGUUCGUGUAGUUAUUGCUGUUAGGUAGUUACCCAAAUUCAAAGUCUAUCAUGAUAAUCGAAGAAUGAAGCUGAUGAUAUCAAGAACAAAUUCCUUUUGCACGCCUCGUAAAUGCGGGUAUUGCAACAG